AUGGCUGACGAAACCGUCAACAUCGCUCCCAAUGAGAAGGAGACCAACGGUGUCCAGCAGCAGACGGCGGUACCACGCCAGGGUUUCACACACAACCACCACAACGACUUCCAUGAGAUGACCAUUGGCCAGUAUGCCCAGGCCUUUGGUGGUGCUCUCCAGCCCGGGGCUUGGAGGCCAUAUGAGCACCGCAAGCUCGCCAAUCCCGCCCCUCUGGGUCUUUCUGCCUUCGCUUUGACUACCUUCGUCCUUUCCGCCGUCAACAUGCACGCUCGAGGAGUCUCGGCCCCCAAUGUCGUCGUCUCUCUCGCUUUUGGUUACGGCGGUCUUGUUCAGCUGCUUGCUGGCAUGUGGGAAAUUGCUGCCGGUAACACCUUCGGUGCUACUGCCCUGGGCUCAUACGGUGGUUUCUGGAUCUCAUACGGUAUUCUCUUGACCCCCGAAUGGGGCAUCACGGCUCCGGAUGGCCCGUACGAAGGCAACGUCGCUAGCGUGCUUGGCUUCUUCCUGACUGGCUGGUUCAUCUUCACCACCGUGCUUCUGCUCUGCACCCUGCGAUCCACUGUUGCCUUCUUCCUCCUCUUCUUCUUCCUUGACCUGGCCUUCUUCUUCCUCGCCAUGGAGCAGUACGCUGCCGACCUGGGCAACGAGACCGCUUCCCUGGCUCUGCAAAAGACUGGUGGUCUCUUUGGUUUCUUGGCUGCUUUCGCGGCUUGGUACAAUGCCUUGGCCGGUAUCCAGGACAGCAGCAACUCCUUCUUCCAGGUUCCCGUCAUCCACUUCCCCUGGUCCGAGGCUGCUCGUGAGCGCCGUGCCAGCAAGUCUGAGCGUGCUCAGGCAUGA